AUGCUGUCUCUUGCGCUCGUACUGGCAGGAUCGGCCUCGGCUUUGACGUUGCCGACGUUCCUCCAAAGCCAGGGUCAAGCUCAAUCACCAAUCCGACCUCUUGAUCAUUCGCAAAACUACAAGUUUGAUCCUCUGUUGCAUCUCCCUGGUAUCUCGCCAUACUUUGACGCAGUCGGCUUUGGUCUUGAGCACCAACCUCCCGUCGGCUGCAAUGUCACCGCCGCAUCAUACAUCAUCCGCCACGGCGCUAUCUACUCUAACGACGCCGAAUACGAAGAAUACAUCAAGCCUUUCCUCUGGAAGCUAGAGCAACAUCGUCAAGGAUGGACAGGUCCACUAGCUUUCAUGGAGAAGUGGCAGUCCCCAAUCUUGGAAGACAGAUUGGAGGAACUGACGCCCUCUGGCGCUGUAGACGCGGAGCUGGUAGGCAAGCAUCUGUUGCAACGAUACCAUCACAUUAUCCCCGAUACGACGAGGAUAUUGGCGGACAAGAAGAGCAGGACGUUUGACACGGCCGAGAACCUCAUCAAAGCGUUCCCGCAGAAGGACGACAUUGAGAUUGUCAGGAUAACUGAGAACACAAAUGGAAGCAUGGAGAGCUUGAUCCCGCACAAAUCGUGCAAGAACUUCUCCAAGAAGCCGGGCGAGAAGCAGCAGAAGAAGGUCAUCGACCUCUAUGGUGCCAGCGUCGCGCAUCGCCUCUCACCUUACAUGCCGUUCAAGCUUGAGCCCAAGGAUGUCGUCGGCUUCCAAAUGCUGUGUGGCUACGAAUCUGCCAUCAAGGGCAAUCGUAGCCCCAUCUGCGAGCAGUUCACAGAUUCGGAGUGGAUGGCGUACGAAUACGCAUGGGACCUGAAGUAUGCCUACAUGGUCGGCCCUCUCAAUCCUCUAUCACCUUAUCUUGGUUUCCCAUGGCUUCAAGCCCAAUCCGAACUCUUCGCGCACAUCGAAGAGCACGACACACCCGGCGAUGGCUGGCCCGAUCAGCAGCGUUUCUUCCUCGGUUUCACCCAUCGUGAAGUCCCGCCAUUCAUCGCCACCGCUCUCGGUCUAUUCAACAGCUCCUCCGACGCUGCAGAGCAGUUCCCCACCGACCACAUCAACUGGACGCGCGCCUGGAGGAUGAGCGACCUGAUUCCCUUCCUUGGCCACGUCGGCAUGGAAAAGAUGACUUGCGAGCGUGGCGGCGUUCACGGCGAUGAACCAGGUACUUAUGUACGGUUCAUUGCUAACUCUGCACCGAGGCCAAUCCCAGAUUGCCAGGGUGGACCUGGUGCGAGUUGCGAGUUUGGAGAGUUUAGAAAGUUCAUUGGGAAGGGGGCGAAGUCGCACGCGGACUUCCACAGCGUUUGUGACAAGAAGGAGUGCAAAGAUGCCAAUUGCGUCAAGGAAGAGGAGGCGUAG